UUACCGAUAAGGGUCUGGAUGGUGUAUGGUCAGGAAGCAUGAAUGAUUCCAUAUAAAAGGUAGCUGGUGUUUACAGCUCCUCGCAUCUCAGCUACCAUGAGAGCAGUUGUUCUUGCUCUGACUCUAGCCCUUGUGGCGAGUCAGCAGGCUAACCUAACACCAGACUUCGAUAGCAGUAAGACCUAUGUCUACAAGUACGAAGCUGUGAUCUUGGGUGGUCUACCAGAGGCGGGCCUAGCCAGAGCUGGGGUGAAGAUUGUCAGCAAGUUUCUCAUUAGUGGCAUCACCCAGGACACCUACCUGCUGAAGCUUAUGGAACCUCAGCUGUUUCAAUACAGUGGCAUCUGGCCCAAAGAUCAGUUUAUUCCUGCUCCAAAGCUGACUCAGGCACUGGCUGACCAGCUGCUGGUUCCCAUCAAGUUUGAAUACACCAAUGGUAUGGUGGGAAAGGUGUUUGCCCCUGCCAGAGUCUCUGCAACCGUACUCAACAUCCACAGAGGAAUCCUCAACAUCCUUCAGCUCAAUGUAAAAAAGACUCAGAAUAUUUACAAGUUGCAGGAGGCUGGGGCUCAGGGAAUCUGCAAGACUAACUAUGUGAUCAGUGAAGACAUAAAGGCAGAGCGCAUUUAUGUGACCAAAUCCAAGGAUCUGGGCAACUGUCAGGAGAGAGUCAUGGCCGACAUUGGAAUGGCUUACAUGCAGUCGUGUGACAAGUGCCAGCUGAGAGGAAAGAAUUUGAGAGGAGUUGCAGCCUACAACUAUGUCUUGAAGUCUGCUGACACUGGAUCGCUAAUCACUGAAGCCACGGUGCAGGAGAUACAUCAAUUCACACCUUUCCACGAGAUGACUGGAGCUGGCCAGAUGGAAGCGAAACAAACUGUAGUCUUUGUAGAAAUCCAGAAUGUUCCAGUGCAGCCCAUACAAGGUGACUACCUGCACCGCGGAUCUCUGCAGUACGAAUUUGCCUCUGAGCUUCUCCAGACUCCCAUUCAACUCAUCAGAAUCAACAAUGCCCAGAAUCAGAUUUUGGAGAUCUUGAAUCACCUGGUCACAAACAACAUAGAUGAGGUUCAUGAAGAUGCUCCCCUGAAGUUUGUCCAGCUGGUCCAGCUCCUGCGUGUGGCCAAAUCUGACAUGAUUAAUGCCAUCUGGGCUCAGGCUAAAGCUAAACCCACUUUCAGACGUUGGGUCUUGGAUGCUGUACCUGCCAUUGGAACAGAUGCUGCUUUGAGUUUCCUCAAGGAGAAGUUUGUUGCUGAUGAGUUGACUGACGCUGAGGCAGCCCAGGCUCUGCUAGCUGCUCUUCACCUAGUGCGCGCUGAUUUGGAAACUGUCAAGCUGGCUGCUACUCUGGCAUUUCACCGCAAAAUUCAGGAGCACCCCGUUCUGCGGGAGAUUGCUAUGCUUGGUUAUGGUUCUCUGGUGUACAAGUUAUGCGUGGCAGAAUCUGAUUGUUCAGCUGAUGUCCUGAAGCCUCUCCACGACAUUGCAGCUGAUGCUGUCAAUAAAGGCGAUGUGGCAGAUAUCGCUUUAGCUCUUAAAGCUCUGGGCAAUGCUGGCCAUCCUGCCAGCCUCAAGACAAUCGUGAAGCUCCUGCCUGGGUUCGGUUCUGCAGCCGCUUCCCUCCCAGUCAAGGUUCAGGUUGAUGCUGUGAUGGCUUUGAGGAACAUUGCCAAGCGGGAACAAAGAAAGGUACAAGAAACUGCCCUGCAGUUGUUCAUGGACUGGAGUGCCCACCCAGAAGUGCGCAUGGUCUCCUGCAUCGUGCUGUUUGAGACCAAACCUCCUCUUGGUCUAGUAGUUUCCCUAGCUGAUUCCCUGCGGAAGGAGCCCAGCCUUCAGUUGGCUAGCUUUGCCUAUUCUCACAUGAAGGCCCUGACUAGGAGCACCACCCCAGACCUUGCCCCAGUUGCCUCUGCUUGUAAUGUGGCUGUGAAGAUCCUGAGCCCCAAACUGGACAGGUUGAGCUAUCGCUUCAGCAAAGCCAUUCAUCUAGACGUCUAUCAUUCUGACCUGAUGGCCGGAGCCGCCGCCAGUGCAUUUAUCAUCAACGACGCCGCCACCAUUCUGCCCAGAGCCCUUAUAGCCAAAGUCCGUGCCUACAUAGUUGGAGCAGUAGCUAAUGUUCUGGAGUUUGGCGUGAGGACUGAAGGAAUCCAGGAAGCUCUCCUAAAAAUGCCAGCUGCCGCACAGGACUCCGACAGGAUCACCAGGAUGAAGCGCAUCCUGCAGGCUCUGACAAACUGGAAGUCAUUGCCUGUAAACCAGCCACUGGCUUCAAUGUAUGUGAAACUGUUUGGCCAAGAAAUUGCUUUUAUCAACAUUGACAGAGACCUCAUCGAGCAGCUAACACAGCUUGGAACAGCAGCUGCGGCUCAGCAGUCACAGGUGAAGAACGUGCUCAACACGCUGCAGUCCGGUGCCAUGAUCCGGUGGGCCAAGCCUCUGCUGGUUGCUGAGGUGCGACGCAUCUUCCCGACCUGUGUGGGCGUCCCAAUGGAGCUCAGCAUGUACACUGCUGCUGUGGCCACAGCCAAAGUUAAUGCCCAGGCUGCUCUGACACCUCGGCCCGCUGAAAACUUUCACGUUGCUCAACUGCUGAACACCAAGAUUCAACUGCAGGCCCACAUCACACCAAGCGUCGCCAUACACACCUUCGCAGUCAUGGGCGUGAACACAGCCCUGGUUCAAGCGGCAAUAAUGGCCAAAGCAGAGGCACGUGUUGUGACCCCUCUGAAAUUCAGCGUUAGAGCCGACGUCUCUCAAGGCUAUUUCAGUGUUAACGCUCUGCCCGUUCCAGCUGUAGAUAACAUCACAGUUGUGCGCGUUGAGGCUUUGGCAUUGGCAAGAAAUAUUGAAAACCUUGAAGAAGCGAGAAUAAUACCAAUGUUACCUGCAGCUUUGGCAGCACGAUUGUCAAGGGAGAAGUUCACAUCUAACGUGGAAGCUAUCACAGAGAGUGACUCAUCCAAUUCUUCAGAAAUCAUUGAUGCUGAUGUGCACAUCAACACCCGUGAGAACAAGGCUUCAGUUUCAGCCAGAGUUAACCAGCAGCUGUGUGCCACAUUGACAAGCUUAGGAGUGCAAACUUGUGCUAAAAUUGUCUCUCAGAAUGCUGGCUUUCUCAGAAACUCCCCCCUCUAUAAGCUUGUCGGAGAACAUGAAGUGAUUGUAGCUGUGAAACCCGCUGAUGGUGAGGCCUUUGAGAAGAUAGAGGUUGAAAUUCAAGCUGGACCCAAGGCUGCAUCAAAGAUCAUUAAACAGGUCACUCUGAAAGAGGAUGAGGAAACUGCAGAAGGAACUCCUGUUGUAUUGAAACUGAAAAAAAUCCUGGAACCUGAAAGGCGGAAGAGGAAUUCCACCAGCUCCAGCAGCUCCAGCAGUCGCAGCUCUAGCUCUUCCUCCAGCUCCUCCUCAUCUGCCACUUCAGAAAAGAGUGGCAAACACCCAAUGCAGGAAAAGAACAACAGGCAGGAUAAAAGGAGUAGCAGCAGAAGCAGCAGCAGCAGCAGUAGUAGCAGAAGCAGCAGCAGCAGUAGCAGUAGCAGCAGCAGCAGUAGCAGUAGCAGUAGCAGCAGCAGUAGCAGCAGCAGUAGGAAAAGCAGAAGGUCCCCCUCUACCUCUAAGAAGAUUAAAGACAAUGCUGGGGAUUCCAGCAGCUCUUCCAGCAGCCAUUCUUCCAGCUCCAGUGAAUCCGAGGAAGAAAUAUUUGCCAAGUUCACAAAGAAUCACAUCCAUCAGCAUGGUAACUCCAGAGCCGCUUCCCAGGCUCGGGCCUCUGCUGGUGCCAGGAGCAGCAGUCAAAGCAGUGCCUCCAGCUUUGAAGCUAUUUACAAGAAGUCACGAUUCCUUGGAGACUCCAUGCCCCCUGCCAUCGUGGUCAUUGUUCGUGCAGUGAGGACCAACGGAACAAUGGAGGGAUACCAGGCAGCCGCCUACAUAGACAAUGCUAAUGCCAGGCUGCAGGUCAUCGUGGCUGCUCUCGAAGAGAAUGACAACUGGAAGAUGUGUGCUGACGGUAUCAUGUUGAGCAAACACAAAGUCAUGGCUAAGGUUGGUUGGGGAGAAGAAUGUCAGCGGUACACAGCAGUUAUCAAGGCAGAGGCUGGUCGUCUGGACACAGACCCGGCAGCCCAGCUGAAGAUAGAAUGGGACAAGAUUCCUCGUAAAGUUAAGAGCUACUCAAAGAUGAUUUCUCAGUACAUCCCUGGUGCUGCUUUGAUGGCUGGAUUAAGUCAGAGAAGACAAAACAAUCGUGAGGGGCAAAUUAAGAUCACUGUGGCUGCAACUUCUGCCAGGACCAUAAAUGUUAUCAUUAAAACACCAAGGAUGACACUGUACAAGCUGGGUGUGGCUGUUCCCAUUUCUCUGCCUAUUGGACAAGACACUGCUGGAAGGCAAGAAGGAAGCAUUUCUGGCCAGAUUCACAACAUGCUGUAUGAAGCUACAGCAGCCAAGUGCAGUAUGACCAGUGAAACCUUGACCACAUUCAACAACAGAAGGUACAGAAAUGAAAUGCCCAUCUCCUGCUACCACAUCCUGGCUCAAGACUGCACUCCUGAGCUGAAGUUUAUGGUUCUGAUGAAGAAGGACCGUGCCACAGAAGCAAAACAUGUUACUGUCAAGCUGGCUGACAUAGAUGUCGACCUCUACCCACGUGAUGGAGAAGUGCAGCUGGUAGUGAAUGGAAUGCAAGUUUCUGCUCUCAACCUCCCGUAUGAACACCCUACAGCAUCCAUCAGAAUCAACCAAAAUGGCAAUGGCCUGUCCUUGUAUGCUGCCAGCCAUGGUCUACAUGAGGUCUACUUUGACAAAAACACAUGGAAGGUUCAAGUUGUUGACUGGAUGAAGGGCAAAACUUGUGGAAUCUGUGGAAAGGCUGAUGGUGAAGUAAGACAGGAGUUAUACACACCAAAUGGACGCCUGACCAAGAACUCAGUCAGCUUUGCCCACUCCUGGGUCCUUCCCACAGAAAGCUGCCGUGAUGCCAACGAAUGCCAGAUCAAGCUGGAGUCAGUGAAGCUGGAGAAGCAGAUGAUACUUGCGGGACAGGAGUCGAAAUGCUACUCUGUUGAGCCUGUGCUACAGUGUCUGCCUGGCUGCUACCCAAUAAGGUCCACCUCUGUCAAUGUUGGAUUCCACUGCAUUCCUGUCGAUUCAACCAUGAACAGUUUAAACAGCAUUUCGGAGGACAGCGAAGACCUCAGAGAGAUCAUCGAUGCCCAUACUGCUUGUCAUUGUACCAAACACUGUGCUUAGGAGCUGUAACUACCAGCAAAAUACAAUCUUUUUCAAUUGUAAUUUUUUUGUCAUGUAUUGUACAGUAUGUGUACCUGGUGUAAUU